AUGGUGACUCGGCCCGCUCGAGCCGGAGCUGGUGGUGGUGCUGGAGCAAGUGAGAAUGGAGACGCGCUGGCGCAACUCGACCUGGAUCGCAACCGCAACAACCAGAAGCUCAAGUCCCGCUUCGAGCACAUUUUCCGCAAAUACGAACACGACUUCACGGGCAUCGGCGACGAGUUCGAUAUUCACACUGACCAGAUUGUCGUCAAUAAUGGCCACCUGGAGCACAUGCGCAACGAAGCCGACGCGGGCACUACAGCAUCAUCACACUUCGUUAAGACGUUUCGGGAGAAACUGGCGCACGAGGACGAAUCGGUGACCUCGGAAGACGACGAAGACGAUGAAAAUGAGGAUGAUGGCAGCGACGGCAGUGAUGGCAGUGAUGAUGGAAGUGAUACAAUCUCUGACGGGACAGAUGCUGAGGACAUGUCUCACGCGACGCCUGCCACAGGCCGACUCAAAGUAAGCGAGAACCAACUGUUCAAGCAGCACGAGCUCGAGUCGAGUGAUUUCAUGGCCCACCAGCCUACUCCACGCCUGCCGCAGCUCUUCAGACUUCUUGCUGGUGCGGGUACCGCUGAAGAACCGCUGGAGGUGCCGGACGAUGAAGACACUGAUGUCAAGCCGGUGUUAGAAUUCAAUGCGCGCGAUUCAUCAUCCUCCACAUCUGAGCAUGUAUCAAACACAGUGUUCUCUUCGUCUGCGGCGGCCCUUGCUAGAAGUAAGCGACCAACGAAAAGUGACGACACUGUCCAUGCGUUAGGCAUGACCAUAGCGUCCCAAUUGGCUAGGUUGAUGGGUGCUUCGACCAAGAAAAAGUCCAAAAAGAGAGCCACUGUUAUGCAUGGCGCCAUGGAUCCCGUUUGGGACUAUCCUGAAUUGACACAGACAAAAAGAACAAAACGUAAGCGUAGUAUCUCUCCAGAGCCGCCACGGCCUCAUUCAGCUUCCUCGCCUCACACGUCCUCACCGGAAGGCCCCUCGUUAUGGGCUGUGCACGACGCAACGCAGCCAGGAAAGCGCAAACGGCGAGAAAGCGCUGCUCACGGUGUAAAGCCAUCCCUUCAUAGAUUCGGCAAUGCAACAGACUCUACUGACGGUAAGAGGUGCUGGAACUGUAGCUUGACAAGAUCUCCAAGCUGGCGGAAGGGCCCUCAUGGCCAAGACCUUUGCCUACCUUGCGGCCAAUACUACGAGCAUCAUGGGCGCAUGAAGGGCUUUGACUCUGCAUCUCCCCCUACGCUUGAUCACGAGGGAGCGGAAAAUUUGAGACCGGAAAAUGCACCGCAGUGUGAGCCUGUGACGGCACUGGAAGUUUCUGAAUCCUUUCAGCAUGGCCAUGGCGGUUAUAAUGAUGGUGAUGAUGAUGAUGACCCUGUGAUACAGCACAAGCACAGAAGCUCUCUUGAUCAGAUGCCAAGGCCUCCAGCAAAGGCGCAAGAGAAUGAGUCGACUACUCCAAGCAUACCGUACCAGGCAAACACUUCUCGGCCCAUGGUGUCUAGCGAGAUCAAGCGAAGGACCAUUGCACGAUGGACAGUUGAGGAGGAUGCCUUGCUCAUACGACUGAAAGAACAUGAGCACCUCAGCUGGGAUGAAAUUUCACCUCACUUCCCCAGCAGAAAUACAUUUGCGAUACAAAAGAAUUACAGCAGCAGAUUGAGAGGAGCCCACUGCCCAGGUCGGAAGCUGUUCCAUGAUCAGCUGGGAAAUAAUGCGGAUGCGUCAGAGACUGAGAACGAGACCGGGGACUAUGAUAAUCAGAACCUGAGUUGGAGUGCGCAGCAAGACGAGCUGCUUGUCGUCCUGCGAGAUGACGAUGGGCUCCAAUGGGUCGAAAUUGCAGACCUCUUACCUGGCCAUGACCCAAAGGCGGUAGAGCGACGAUACAUGUUCCUAACGGAGUCAAUGAAGAAACGAGGUGUGCCAGAUUCUCUCGAAAGCAAGCUCGCGAAGCAUUCUCAUGUCGCGUCGAGCGGCCUUUCAUCCAUGCCGCAGCCUGAUCCAUCCUCGCCUCCCAUCGGGGUGUCCACCGCACUUAGCAUCAGUGCCUCGAUGCCAUCUAGCUCUCGUAGAUCUGGCAAUGCGCUACUCCGACAGGCACUAGGGAACAGCCAUCGUCGUACCUCAUACUUGGAUUCUGUCCCCGUUCGUGCGCCACUUGAUCAAGACGUGGCGGUGAGCGGAUCGUCCCCUGCCUCAGAUGUUACUCCACACAACAUUGACGAUGAUAACGAUCCAGUUGACUCUCUGGACCCUCAACGUGCCUGGUCCUCGGCCGCGGCAUCGUCACAGCUAGACAUGGACAUGCAGCACGCACAGGCAGAUACUAUCAGCGAGAACGAUGUUGCUGAAAGUGUCGGCGGUCACCAACGGACUGCGUCAAAAGGCGAGGAGAAAGGUGUUGCCCAGCAUAAUGGUGACAGGAGGAAGUCAUCUAACAGCGACGGUCGUGGCAAGAGGCGUUCUGCGUCCCGAUCUGUGUCUAUCGAUACGGAGCCCGAUGUACGCGAGGUUCUUAUUCGUAGCCGCGGCGAUGAGGAGCAGCCACCCGAGAGUACAGCAGACGACGACAUACUCAGCUUGGCACGACCACCCGAUCUUUCAUGGGAAGAGAUCGUCGGUAGGGCUUUCAGCUCCACUAAAAGCAAGAGCAUGCCGAAUCGAGAACUUUUCGCAUGGAUCGAAUCGAAGUACGGAUACUACAGCACAGCGCCACCCAGCUGGAAGAACCACGUUCGCGAAGAGCUUCGCAGAAAUGAUAGGUACGAAAUUGAUACUGCCCGGAGGCGAAACAAUGUAUGGCGAAUAAGGCAAGACGCGGAUGAUCUUGUGGACAUCGAUGCCCAGGACCACUUGGACGUGCCUUCAGGUUCACUCCAUGAGGCCAAUCCCGACAUGCCUGUGCCGGAUAAAGAUGGAACGGUAGCCUCUGGCAGCACCUCAUCCCAGCAGACUUCUCACUCAGCAUCACGCCAUGUUACUUUCUCGCCCGUUGUGACGGUCUCGACGCCUAUGCGGGUUGAAAGAACGAGAACUCGUGGCAGACCAAAGAAACGAAGUUCAUUGCCGAUUUCUAGCUUGGAGCGACCCGCAGAAGUGCUGGAGAUCGCAGACAGUGACCCCUCAGAAGCGUCCGUUGCUCCAGAGUCCUCGCAAGAUACGCAUGCAAACCACAGCAGCAUCGCAGCAUCUGCAUGUGCAAUCACUCCUCAAGUUGCUAAGCAACCAUCAGGCAUCAACAGCGAGCCUGAGACGAAACCGCCACUCGAAUCUCCGGCGGAACAUGAGCCACAGGCUGAACAACCUCUUUUGAGGAAACCCCUCGCCAGAGCCGCAGGGACUAACAACGCAGGACAGACUUCCAGUUCACCAGUGGCCAUGAAUCGUGCAAAAAACCGUGCAAAUGUUUUCCAGACGCCGAAGCGGCCUGACUGGCCUCCCUUAGCAACGGCGAGCUCACAGAGUGAUCCAGCGAGGGGGCAUAGCACGCGUGUCAUCAAUCAUAAGAUCAUAACACCCAAUCCAGGAUCGAGAAAGCGAGUCGUGGAGACACCGCUUCGAGAGUUGGGGGAUCCCGACGAGGACGAGCUGGCAGGAUAA